AUGGUUUUGUGUUCUAUUUGCGGAAGAAAAAAGGAAGAGAAAUUAUAUACAAUUUUGUUGGAUAGAUAUAGAAAAACCUACCUUGAAUUAAAGAGAGUUGAAGAGAAAAGAUAAUUUUUAAAGAAAAAUUAUAAAGAAUAUUGUCAUUUAGGAUGUAUUGUUUUUUUUCUACAGAAUGUUUAAAUAAUAUAAGAGAAAUAUUAUCUAGCAAGAGAUAAAUGUGUUACAGAUUAUAUAUUUUUUGGAUUAGAUUAAAUACAUAAAAGCAAAUAGUUAAUAGAUUGUUCAAUUUGUGAUUAAGGGUUAAAUAAUGUUUAAGCACCUCAAAAGAAAGCCUCAAUAAAUUGUUCUAAUCAUAAAUGUAAAAUGCUCUAUCAUAUUGAUUGUAUCAUUUAGGUAAAAAAGAGGAUAACAUGCACUAAAGCUAGAAUUAAUUUUUAUUGUAAUCAACAUUUUGAUAAAAAUGAAUAAUAGGCUGAUUGGAAUUAGUGGGAAUCAAUAUCAUCUAAUCUUGUAUAAGAAAAUAUACACAUUAAAUAAGAAGAACCUUAUAGAGGAGAUAGUAAGUUUUUAAUAGUAUCAGUGGAUGAUCCAAUUUAGACCAUAGGAGAAAAAUUAGAUUCAAAUUCCUUUAAAAGAUUAGAUGAGGAUUUAACUAAAAAAUUAAAAGUUUAAAAAAAAGAAACUAAAGUUGAAUAAGAAAAAAAGAGAUAAAAAUUUUGGGAUAUAAGCAAAGAUUUUAAAUCACAGUAUGAAUUUGGUCCUAGACCUAUGUUUUAAAUUGAUUAUUAAGCUAAAAAAAAGGAAGAAAUGGUAGUAAAUGGAGAUGAAGAAGAGUAAUAAUAAUAAAUUACUCUAAAAAAAACAAUUUUAGAAGAAAUUAUUAUAACUGAUGAUGGCAUUGAAAUUAAUAAAAUAGAAAAACCAAAAAAAAAAAUAAAACCUGUUUAAAAUGUUAAAGAAUAAAAUAAUAAAGUGAAUAAUACAUUUUCAAAAAUUAAAGCAGAAUAAAUAGAAAUAGAUAAGGAAGAAUAAAAAUCAUAUUAAUAAACAUAAGAAAAUGGUGGUGUAUCUCUUGAUUAAUUGUUAAGUUUUGUAAGAGAAAAAAAAAAUAGUAUUCCAACAUUUCCAAAUUAUCUUUAAUAAAGAAAUUAAUAUAGAGAAUAAGUAGAAAAACAAAAAAUGAAUAAGGAACAGUAAGAAUAAAUUGAAAUGAAAGAAUUGACAGAAAUGCAAUAAAAACUUAAAAAAAAAAUGGAUUUAUUUAAUAAAAAGGAGUAAAUGUUUGGUGAAAAUAAUUAAUAAUUUCCUAAUUAAAAUUUCUCUAAUGCUAAUAAAAUACAUAAAAAUAUUGAUAAUUGUUUGAGCAACUCGGGUGUUAAGGAUGAUAUAAAUUAUAAUUGCAAUAAUAAUUUAAUCAUUAACAAUUAGAAUAAUAUUAUCAAUAAUUGUAUUGAUUCAAUUCGGUAAGGUAAAGCUAAUAAAAAAAAUGGAAAUGAGGAAAUUAAUGAUCUGGACUAAUAAGGAAAAAAAAUACUAUCUUAAUAAAAAGAGCCUUAAUCUGAGAAACAAAUACCGAAUUCUGAUAUGAUUGAAAAUGAUCAUCAAAAAAUUAAGUAAACAAAGAUUGAUGACUAUUCAAGUAUGUCCGCAACAGAGCUUUUAAAUUUUUUAUUAAAAAACCAACAAAAAAAAAAUAGAACAAGAAAUAGAAUAAAAAAUGAAACAACAAGAGCUCUAUAAACUUAACACGAAAUUAUUUAUUAUCCAUAACCAGACGAGGCAUGGGAAGAAAACUUAGAAGGUUGGUGGAAUAAAGUUGAAGAAACAUAUUUUAACUCUAAAUAAGAUAUUUAUACGACCAUAGAAAAAUUUAAAAAAAUUAAAGACACUGAUAAAUAAUUUUAAGAGUACUUGAAAGUACUGUUUGAAAUAAGAAAUGGAAACAUUGUUUAUGCAGAAUAUAGUUUAUAAGAUGAUGACAGUUAUGAACCUAAAUUUUAAGAAGAACAAGAAUACAAUUUAAAAUUUUAAAUAUUUAAGAAUAAAUUUUAUAGUUAAGAAACUAAUGAAGAUAUUUUUGAUAGAUAUACAUAAAAAUUAGUUUUAGAAAACGUAACAGUCAUUGAAUAAUUGAAAAACUCAGAUAGUUCUGUAUAUAACGAGUUUAUGAAAAAUAAAGAUAGUUAAGUAUAUUUGGAUUAUUAUUUUGAAAAGUAUUAUGAAAAUGAAUUGGAAAAAUUGAAAAUUUAAAAUUAAAUUGAUAUUAAUUAUUUGAAUUAAUAAUCAAUCAAAGAGAGAGCUAAAAUAUCUAUAAGUAGACAAGGACAUGUUCAAUUGGAUAAAUUACGAUAUCAUUAACUAUUAAAAAACACAAAGUUAGGAAUGAAAUAUAUUACAGAUUAAGAACAUAAUUUGAUAAUAAAAAAAAAGAUAGAUUUAUUAAGUAGUAUUAGAACAGAUAAUUUUUUUGGGAAAUGCAACCCCUCAUAAUUAAAACAAGGCUAAAAAGAUGAAUUAGCAAAAGAAACCUGCUGCAAAGUUUGCUUUAACUAUUAAUUAAUUUAAUUGGAUAGUAAUAAUGAUUUAUCCUAUUGUGGAACUUGUUUUGCAACAUUUCAUAAACAUUGUUAUAACAUUACCGAUUUAUUUGAAACUUGUGAUUAAUGCAAAAUUUAAAAUACUUAGUAAAUUUGUUAUAUCUGCCAAAAGAAUUAUCCUGGCAUACCCCUUAGAGAAAUUGAUCAAUAUUGGGUUCAUAUAACUUGUGCAUUAUUAUGUGGGUUAUUAGAAUUUAAUUAAACAUAAUUUAAACUCAAAAAAGGUAUAAUUUAACAAUAGUAAACUCCUUGUUUGAUAUGUGAGGAAAAAGUAGGAGUUUAAUUGUCUUGUUAAGAUUGCAAGAAUUAAAUGCAUCUCUUUUGCGCAUUUUUAUGGGGAUUUUAAAUAACAAUUUAAACCGAACCAGACUGUCUUGAUCCGUAUAUAACAACAAAUUUCUUGUGCCAUAAGCAUUUUGAAUAUAAUGAAAAAGAUAUUCUUAAACAAAUUUAUUACAGAUGGCAUGGAAUUAAUUUUAAUUAGGCUGGUUGCUUUGAAACAUUAGAGAAUUUUGUGAAAUGCAAAUUGAUUGCACAUCAAAAAGUUAUAAGUAAAAUUGAGAAUUUUUUAAAAAAAUGA